AUGUCAGAAUUCAGUUAUCUCUGUGUUCCUCGGACGAUUCCAUGUCAAUACAAGACAAUUACUCAAGUCUUCAAUGAAAUAACAACACUGUUUCCAGAUAAAGAAAUUCUCAUUUAUCGAGGUAUUGACGGGACCCGAGAAAGCUUGACUUGUCAUCAACUUCAGACACAGGCAACAAAGUUAGCAGGUUAUCUGAUCAAGAAAGGAAUGAAGAAGGGAGAUAAAAUUGCUCUCUCUGGACCCAACACCUUAAAAUGGGUAAUCGCAGAAUUAGCAAUAAUCAUCGCGGGAUGUAUUGUUGUCCACGUGUCCUUCGGCAAGACCGACGCCAGAGACGUUCAUGAAAUGGUUUCAAUUGCUGAGUGUAAGGCCAUUUUGAUAGAUCCAGGAAGAAGAAAUGAAUAUGUGGAUAUGAUUUUACGACUUAUUGCAUAUAACAAAGAAUGUUCGAAUUUUUCCACAUUGGCGUUUCUCAGAAAGAGCGAGCAUCUAACUUCAUAUGAUUACCUCCAGGGAAUAUUACAGUUAAACGAAACCAAUGUGGAAUUUCCUACGCUCUACCCUGAAGAUGAACUUGUGAUUUUCCCGACCUCGGGCAGUACAGGGAAGCCUAAACUGAUCCCUAAAACACAUUUUCAAGCAAUCAACGAUAUUAUGAUAUUCUCCGGGAAAACGUACAAUGAUCGACCAUUUGGUUGGUCAGGUGGUACUCCCAUUUUUUCAGUGUACCAAGGGGAGCCUAGAGUAUUCUGCGAUUCCUCAAUCGCCACCAAAGGAGGUAACACAAUGAAGAUAUGGGAAGUAAUCAAGGAAGAACAGUGCACAUCGGCACUAUUGUUACCUUACUUUCUUUCAGAUCUGGUGGAUCACGAAAAAAAUUACAAAGAUUCUUUCAAACUUGACGUGGUCCUCACAACUGGACAGCUGGUUGAAAAUCGUCACACAAAGAUUGUCGGCGUAUUUACUAGGAAUCUUAGAGUUGUAUACGGAUUAACUGAGAUAUUUUGGGUAUCUAAGCUUCCGCCUAUUACUAUUGCUGCUGAAAUGAAAAUUGGUGACGUAGGAAGACCAUUUCCAGGUAUAGAAGUGAAGAUCAUUGGUAAAGAAGGAAAUAUUUUGAGAAAAGGUGAUAGUGGAGAAUUAUGUAUUCGAAGUCUCUACGGAUUUGAGAAAUACUACGAGAACCCAGAGUCAACUGGCGAUGUUCUUUUGCCGGGAAUGUGGUUUCGAUCUGGCGACAUUGCACAUAUAAAUGACCAAAAUAAUAUUAUGAUAAAAGGGCGGAUCAAGCAUUGCAUUUUCCGAGGAACACGGAAAAUAAUGCCCAUUAGCAUUGAAAAGCUCAUCAGAAGAAUGAUUGGUAUAAAAAAUUUGAUUGUCGUUGGUGUACCUGACAAUCGUCUAUACGAAGAAAUUUGCGUUUGUUACGUCACAGAUCCAUGGAUUGAAAACUCACCAUCCGAUGUAAAACAGUUCUGCAUGGAAAACGUCAUUGGGUCCGAUAGUAUUGAUGGUCUUGGAGAAAUGCCAAAAUAUUUCCUUCGAUUCCAUAGUCUGCCGAUGCUUGAGAAUGGAAAGGUUAACAGAUGGCAAUUGAGAAUCGAUGCCAUUGAACAGCUGGAAUUAGUUGAUCAGUCGGGUCAAGUAUAG